AUAAAGAUAUUUUUUUUUUUACACAUACGAGUACUCAAUAAACUAGAUACUCUGUAUAUAAUACGAUAAUUCCAAUAUCUCAUGCAUUUACACAAUAGUGAAUUAACCAUCAAAAAUUAUUGCUCCAGAUAAAAUCUUUAGCCCAUAUAAUCAACCCGAAGAACGGAAGAAGUACAACUUGAAAAAAAAUAUCGAUAAAAAAAUCAAACAGCUGAAACUACUUAAGUUUUGUUAGAAACCCCAAAAGGGCCAAAAAUCCCCCAUUUUCGCUGUCUACAAGAAGAAAGAGAAUUUCAGAAAAUGGCUUGAAGCUCAAUCUUUUAAUUACCCUUUGAAAUUACUCAAAUUUAGAGUAUACUCCAGAAAUUUUUCUGCAACUCCUGCAAAUUAUAUUUCAUCUCUUCUCUUAGGUAGAGGCUGAGAUUCGAAGUCAGAACCAAUGUCCAUAUGUUAUUACUCCUUAUCAUGUUACUUUGAAGUAGAACUGAACCAUCAAAAUGGUGUGUCAAUUUAAUUUCAGGGCAAUUGCUAUUGAGUGCCUGACACUUCCAACAAUGAACAAUGCCUACAUGUCAAGAUUCUGCAGCAUCUCUCACACUGCUGCCAUUCCGCUGCCCUCAAGAGGAAGUGUUGUUCUUGAACUAUUUAGAAGCUUCUCUACCUGUAGUCCAUUGGUUGUUGUUCCUUCUAAUCCUUUCAUCAUCAGAAACUCCCAAGCGUUGACUGCUCAAAUCUCCGCAUCUGAUACAACACAGCGUUCUGAAGAGUGGUUUGCGCUCCGCAAGGACAGGCUAACUACUAGCACCUUCAGCACUGCUUUGGGUUUCUGGAAGGGGACCCGCCGAGCUGAGCUCUGGAGUGAGAAGGUUUUUGCUUCCGAUGCCACAACUGUAGCAGAUUCUGCAAAGCGGGCCAUGGAGUGGGGUGUUCUCAAUGAAGCACCCGCUAUUGAGAGGUAUAAAAGCAUUACUGGGCAUGAUGUUGGUUACAUGGGCUUUGCAAUUCAUUCUGAGCGAAGAUUUGAUUGGAUGGGCGCUUCUCCUGAUGGCCUUCUUAGCUGCACUCCCGAGGCAGGUAUCCUUGAAGUGAAAUGUCCAUAUAACAAAGGGAAGCCUGACUUGGCAUUGCCUUGGUCAACAAUGCCUUUCUAUUACAUGCCCCAAAUCCAAGGUCAAAUGGAGAUAAUGGAUCGAGAAUGGGUGGAUCUGUAUUGUUGGACCCCAAAUGGGAGCACAAUAUUCAGAGUAUGCAGAGAACGAGGAUAUUGGGAGCUUAUACAUGGAAUUCUGCGCGAGUUUUGGUGGGAAAAUGUAAUUCCUGCAAGAGAAGCUUUAUUGGUAGGUGGGGAAGAAGCAGCAAACUACUAUAAACCUGCACCCGUUCACAAACAAACUGGUCUGGUGAUUAGCAAGAGCAUUAGUUUAGCAGCCGGGGCCAAACUGUUGUGCAAGGAGAUAGCAGGUCAUGUCGAAUUCUUUACACAAUAGAUCUCCAAUUAAGAUAACAAUUUGAUAAUUCCACCAUGGGUUAUAUUUUCCAAUUACAAGCUUUUGGUGCAAAUUUGUAUUCUCUUCAAUUUAAAGUAUAUCUAUAGAAAUCAUGUUCAAAGUUUAGCCUGCA